GAUGCUGUUGUAGCUCAGUGAAGCUGCCUGUCUGCUUCUAGCGACUGUAAUUUCAUCCCGUUUUCAUCCAGCUGCAUGUAGCUUCUCUGGGAGCUUCAGUUUCACGGCUCGAUCAGUCUAUCAGGUUGAGCUGUCGCGAUGGCGGAUCACACCGAUGUCAGCCUGCCGCCGGAGGAGAGAGUACGAGCUCUGACUAAGAAGGGUAGCUCGGUGGAAGUCAACGACGACGUUCCCCCGCGCCGCUACUUCCGCUCAGGCAUGGAGAUGAUCCGCAUGGCCAACAUCUACACGGAGGAGGGCAACAUCGAGCACGCCUUCGUCCUUUAUAAUAAAUACAUCACGCUCUUUAUAGAAAAACUUCCCAAACAUCGGGAUUACAAGACCGCUAACAUUCCUGAGAAGAAGGACACACUAAAGAAACUGAAGGAUGUUGCAUUUCCUCAAGCAGAAAUCCUGAAAAAAGGUUUGCUGAGAAGAUUUGAACAGGAAUAUGCGCAGUAUCUUGUUAAAAAGAAAGCGGAGGACGAGGCCUUGGCGCGGGAGCAGUCCAGGCAGCGAGCGCUGGACGUGGAGCGAGAGCGAGUGGCCGAGAUGCAGCGGCGCCAGCGGGAGCAGGAGCAGUUCAGUGCCUUCGAGGAGAUGAUCCGCCGCCAGGAGCUGGAGAAGGAGCGCCAGCGAGUUCUCCUGGAGUUCGCCACGCCAGCCGCGCCUUCCCCCGACACGCCCCUCAUUCCAGGCAUCCAGGGCCCGCCGCUGGUGUCCCCGACCCCCCCGCAGAGCCCCGGUGACCUCUCCGGCAGCAACAACCACCAGUACAAUCGGGUUCCCGCCUCCACACCUGGGAGCGGCCCGCCCACCUUCGACCGCUCGCUUAAGCCCGGCUCUCUGGUCAGCCCAGGGAACAACAAUACAAUGGUGGAUGCCCUUCGGCAGUUGGCCGUCCCCGCUGAGCUGUGCCGGAGCUUUCUGAGGCUGGCCGAGGCCAACACAAGCCGAGCUGUAGAAACUUGUGGCAUCCUGUGUGGCAAGCUGACCAGAAAUGCGUUUACUGUGACCCACGUCAUCGUACCAAAGCAGUGUGGUGGACCCGACUAUUGUGACACAGAAAAUGAGGAGGAACUCUUCCUCAUACAGGACCAGUACGAUCUCAUCACUCUCGGCUGGAUACAUACUCACCCCACUCAGACGGCCUUCCUGUCCAGCGUCGACCUCCACACUCACUGCUCGUACCAGAUCAUGCUGCCCGAGGCCAUCGCUAUCGUCUGCUCGCCCAAGUUCAACGAAAUCGGCUACUUCAGGUUGACGGAUCGAGGGACGGAAGAGAUCUCCACGUGUAAACAGAAAGGUUUCCACCCUCACAGCAAAGAUCCUCCUCUAUUUACACACGCCGGACACGUCACCAUCACCGACGACACCGUGUCCAUGAUGGAUCUGCGGUGAUUCAUUCCUCGUUCGCCAGAACACUCACAGACUGUUUUAUCAAACUUGCAGCUGUUUUACUGGAGAAAACACUCAUUUUACUUUCAAGGACGGUACUGAGCUGACGCCGGCCACGAGUUUACCAUUUAUAUGGACUUCAGUUGUUCUCAAAGGGAACGACGUUUGUUUUUUUUGCUCUGUAAGAAAAGAAAUUCCACAUAUUAUUGCACUUUCCAAGCAAACAAAUACUAUCCACUUCAAUGGACUGGCAAACCUCUGGCUCUUCAACCCCUCUGUUCGUGUCAGUACGUGGUGUAACUCGUUCCUGUUGUUUUUUUUUGUCAUAAAUAAAUCUGUACGUCCGGUAACCCAACCUUUGUUCCACGACUGUCAUCAAAGUUUGGUUCUGCCUGACUGAUAAAGUGCCAAGGAUGAGAACAUCUGCGUGUCGUUGAGUUGUUCACUGUGUAACAUGAAGUCCAGCGUGAAGUGUAGAGUUUGUAAUUAACUCUGUGUUCCCUUUUGACUCGGUGUGUUUCCGUCAUUAGCCGUUGAAGUGCUACGAGUGAUGAGAGAAGUGAAAGCCAGUUGUAACUCAGGUAUGCAGGCAGUGCUGUUGCUGCUGCUGCUCUGUAUUAUAUUUUUUAUAUACCAUCACUCCAGAGUCUCCUUUAUCUCAAAAGGGUUUUCUUCUUUCUGACAUUGAAUUCCUGCUUAUGAUGGAUCCACCUUUUUACACUGUUUUAUUUUCUUCCUCUGUGUGUUUCUUGGAGGGGGGAAAGCGGGUCGGUAGCACCUGAUCAAUGUGUCUCUCUGCAGAGGACAUGUGUGCAACGGGAAAUCUGAAUGUACCUUCUGCUACACAGCACUAACCACCCGGCCAUGGUUCAUGCCUCUAACCAUCUUUUUGUUUGCUCCCUUCUCUUGUUAGAAGAAGUAAAUGAUUAGCCAUAACUACAAAGUAAAUGCCAAGACAAAAUAAAAUCUUGUAGAUGAAUUUA